UCAGAGCAGUGUAAGGUUGGUGUGUAUCUGUGUUGUUUGACCAGCUGAAAAUGGCGGCUCGGAGCGUCGAAGCCGUCUACUAACUUUAUGACAUGAUCAUAAAAGCUAACAAUGCGACACCAGCGCGGCCUCUCAACAAUGGCGACAAACUUACCGGGGAAGCUACUGGUGAAACGCCGCCGUUGACCGCGAAACGGAGUUAGAAGAGACCAUGGAGGAUCCUCACACGCGGUACAGCAAGCGCCUGCGUACCGGGACCCGCCGCCGCUACCAGGAUGAUGGCAUCUCCGAUGACGAAAUCGAAGGGAAGCGAACGUUUGACCUGGAUGAGAAGUUGCAGUGCAGCAGGUUUGGCUCCGACUUGGUCAAACACAUGGAGGGAAAAGAUUUCACGUUUGAGUACAUCCAGAGGGAAGGACUUAGGGAGCCCAUCAUCUUUGAAAAACCCGAAGGCCUGGGACUACAAAUGCCAGACUCUGAUUUUAGUGUGAGCGAUGUCAAGGUGUUUGUUGGGAGUCGACGCAUCGUUGACGUGAUGGACGUCAACACCCAGAAGGGAAUCGAGAUGUCGAUGGCUCAAUGGGGGCGCUACUACGAGACCCCGCCGUCGGAACGAGAGAAACUUUACAACGUCAUCAGCUUGGAGUUCAGUCACACCAAAUUGGAGAAUUUGGUACAGCGUCCGACAUCCGUGGACCUGAUUGACUGGGUAGACAACAUGUGGCCUCGCCAUCUGAAGGAGAGACAGAGGGACUCUACCAAUGCAAUCAUCGACAUGCAUUAUCCCAAAGUACAGAAGUACUGUCUAAUGAGUGUGCAAGGCUGCUUCACAGAUUUCCAUAUUGACUUUGGAGGCACUUCAGUCUGGUACCACAUACUCAGAGGAGGAAAGGUGUUCUGGCUGAUUCCACCCAGCCCCCAGAACCUGGAGAUGUAUGAGAACUGGGUUUUAUCAGGAAAACAAGGAGAUAUCUUCUUGGGUGACAAAUGUCAUGACUGCCAGAGGAUAGAGCUCAAGCAAGGCAACACCUUCAUGAUUCCCUCAGGGUGGAUCCAUGCUGUGUACACGCCCGAGGACACCCUGGUGUUUGGGGGGAAUUUCCUCCACAGCUUUAAUAUUCCCAUGCAGCUCAACAUCUACAGUAUUGAGGACCGCACUCGGGUCCCAGCAAAGUUUCGUUACCCUUUCUACUAUGAGAUGUGCUGGUACGCCCUGGAGAGAUACCUCUACUGCCUGACAAAUGUCUCCCACCUCACUCCUGAGUUCCAAAAAUACUCCCUCGGCAUAGGUCUGACACGAGCGGACCUCGAUAUCGAUGACCACACCAGCAACGGUACCUCCAAUGGCGUCGACAUUGAGGUUGAAAGGAAGUUGAAGGAAUCUGAUAGUGACGUUGAUAAGAAUGCUGAUGAAAUCGAAAUAGACAAAACAGAUCCAGUUGUCAGACCGCAGUGUGCACUGACACCCUUUGAGCUAGAGGGGCUAUGUAACCUGUUAGGGAAGCUGGAGGAAUUGCCCCCCAACAAAAAGUGCGUCCCCACAGGGAUUGAGAAUGCCGAAGCUUUACUGGAAGACAUGCGGGCUGUUCUGAAGGAGCAUACCACCGACAACCCCAAGAUGUCCUACACUGGAAAACCCAUUGUCAGGUGGCCCAAAAGACCGUCAUGGUACCAACCACCCUCAACCCCACCACCACCACCACCAACACCACCACCACCACCAGCACCAGCCCCACCUUGCAGGCCGCGCCUGGGACCUUCCCUCUACAAACCUUUCGGUCAGAGAUCCAACAAAAGCUCGUCCAUCUCGGCUUUGAGGCGCCGUCGGGUGCGGUGCAAAUACUGCUCGGGCUGCUGCAGGAAGGAGUGCGGCAAUUGCAAUUUCUGUCUGGACAUGAGGAAGUUUGGAGGGCCUGGAAGGAUGAAGAAGACCUGCAUCAUGAGACAGUGUCUCAUGCCCGCUUUGCCAAAUACUGCCCGAUGUGCGGUCUGUAAAAAAGGGGAGGUAGAAGAAUCCCACCCAAGUACUCACACGCUCAUGGAGUGUUCUGUUUGCUUGCGCAUUACUCAUCGUCAAUGCACAAAGGAGUCCGGCGAUGGAAAGAUUAAUGACGAUUUGCCGAGCUGCUGGGAAUGUCCUAGAUGUAACCAAGACAAAGAUUCCGCAUCAGAGUCUUUUAGUGAUGGGGAGAGUGACUCGUCAGAAGAAUCCACGUCGCCGCCACCAGCCAAACGUUCCUACAGGGAAGGCAUUGGCGUAGGCGAAAGGAUGGCACGGGGGCGACGCGGCAGACCCCCGUCACGGACCACAGCCCCACCACCCUCUCAGAAACUGCUGCUGCAGCAUCAACAAAAUCGCAGGAGAGCAAGUCUAUUGGAGCUUAGGCUCAGGAAGAGACUAAAACUGGAGCGCAGCAAAAUUCUUGCACAGAAACAGUCGAUGGAGCGCUCCAAGUUACUAUCCCGCCUGCGCUCUCCAGUGGGCAGACUCUCUCAGGGAAGAGGUCGGGGCACCUCCUGGCUGGGUGGCUCCUCCAGAGCGACCGGCUCCCUCCGGCUACACUCGUCUCCCGCUCCCACACUUGAAGACAGGGGAGAGCUCCGCCGAGGGCAAGGGAGAGGUGUGAGGCUGCGCGGCGGGGGAGCGGGAAGAGGAGUCACCGGUGGUCGACCCAAUCCGAGGUUGGAGGACAGUGAGGACAGCAGCAGCAGCACGAGCAGCAGCAGCUCUGACGAGGAGGAGGAGGAGACGGUGCCAAACGGUAAAGAGAACCAGCCACAGUCGAGACGAGAAGGUGUACGAGCCGCAGACAUGGAAGAGGAGGAGCUGCGAGAGGAAAAGGGCACGGGUGGUGAUGGUGAGCAGGUCACCGACAGCUCGUUUGCCAAAGUAACGCUACAAAGGCCAUCCAAGGACAAGCAGCACCUUUCCGCCAUUGUUCCCAAACUGGAGGCAAUCACCCCACAGACUGCAGCACACACCCCCAACCGGUCUCUAGUGAGACCGCCCAUCAGAAACCCAAACACAAAUGGUAAACAUUCCAGCAUGCAGCAGCCGCCGCCAAUCUCCCGCGGCGGGGACACACGCACUUCCCACCACGCGGAGAGCAACGCGGCCGCUCAAAGGAAAAUGCCCGGCAGCACGGCGAAGCUGAGCAACGGCGCCUCCUCGUCUACAUCCUCCGAGCUCUCACACCUCCGCACCCCUCUGUCCGCCCUACAGGGCGGAGGGAGUGAAGCAGGCAGGGAGGGCAGUGGGAGUGGGCCGGACUGCGAGAGGGAAGUGUGGGUGUCUGUCUUCCGGUACCUAAGUCGAGCAGAACUUUGCGUAUGCAUGGCGGUCUGCAAGAACUGGUACAAAUGGUGCCUGGACAAGCGACUUUGGACGCAGAUUGACCUGAGCAUUAAACGCACCAUCACCCCUCAGGCGCUAACAGGGAUCAUCAAGAGGCAACCCGCUUCGCUCGAUCUCUCUUGGACCAACAUCUCCAAAAAACAACUUGGCUGGCUUGUUAGCCGCCUUCCAGGGCUGAAGGACCUGAUGCUGGCAGGUUGUACGUGGACAUCGAUUUCUGCUCUGUGUUCCUCCGGUUGUCCUCUCCUUCGCUCUCUCGACUUGCGAUACGCAGACGGCGUCAAAGAUGCUCAGAUCAGGGACUUGGUCACUCCUCCAGGUGAGCAAACACAUUGUUAGAUUAUCACCUUUGACAAGAGGAUAUGUGAUUAUUUGUCUGUCAGUUAGCAAUAGAGUGGUUACGAUGUACUUAUUCGAUACACAAUAAAAAUAAACCCAUAUACUCAAUACCUUAUUGGAAACUGUUCAAACUGUCAAGUAUUUGAAUUAGCAAUAGAAUGGUUACGAUGUACUUAUUCGAUACACGAUAAAAAUAAAAAAAAAUAAACCUGUCUACUCACGACCUAAUUGAAAACUGUCAAGCAUAUAAAAUCAAUGUGCUUCAACAUAUUUUUUUACACACAAUUUAAACUGCAGUACCAUCUGCCAAAGGGUAAACUAUACGUAUAGUUCAAAAAGUAAGAGUGGCCUAUAGCCUCCCUGUGCUGUUUAUCUAAACAGUUAAUACUGUGCUCAUAAAUAACAACAAUAGUCAACUAUUUUACAUUCCAAAAAGACUGUAGGGUUUCCGUGUGGCAUCAAAAAGCAUUAAGUCAUUAAAUGGAUUUUGCAAAAAUUAAGGCCUUAAAUGGCAUUAAAAAAAUCUAAUACAAUUGUAGGUGAGGGCCGAUAGUCAAUAUAUCAAUAGGUUAUAUUGUUGAUAUAUAUUAUAUUGUUUUUAUAUUGGUUUUAUAUUUAUUUAUUUUUUU